AUGGCUACUCAUCGCAGCGACCUCACCAACGGGAGCAUGUCAAAUGGGGAGGUGGAACGUGCGGCAGUGGACCAAACACAUGAAGAGAUAGGACCUGGUGUAACAUUUGAACCGACGCAUCCAACGGGCCCGGAAAAUUCAUCUAAUUAUGAAUGGAAAACUAGUUUGGAAGACGACAAUAUAUCAACUUUGGAAAGAGGGUCCCCGCGAAACGGAGAGGCAUAA